ACAACCCAACAAAAUAUCAAACAAAAACAUGGCCUCUACUUCUCUAAGAAACCUCCACCAUCACCACCACCACCAUUGCUCCUCCUUCAAACGCCUCCCUCCACCUCCACCUCCCUCCUCCCUCUUCCUCAAACCCCCUUCCACAACCACUUCCUCCACAAACAUCCUUUCCACCACUUCCUCCUCCUCUUCCACCACCUUCUCUCUUCCUUCUUCCACCACUUCCACCACCACUACAUCCUCCUUUGACACCCUGCAACACCUCCUUUCAACCCAAAACUUCCGCCAAGCCGACGAAGAGACCCGCCGUCUGCUCAUACUUCUAGCCGGCGAACAAUCUCAGAAACGCGGCUACGUCUUCUUCUCCGAAGUUCAAUACAUCCCAGAAACUGAUCUCAAAGCAAUUGAUGAACUAUGGAGAAAAUACAGCAACAACAAGUUCGGGUACAGCGUGCAGAAAAACAUCUGGAAGAAAGUUAACAAGGACUUCACCAAGUUGUUCCUAAAACUCGGAUGGAUGAAAAAACUCGACACCGAAAUCGAACAAUACAACUACAGGGCUUUCCCCGAUGAGUUCACGUGGGAACUCAAUGACGAAACACCGGAAGGUCAUCUUCCACUGACAAAUGCUUUGAGAGGAACUCGGUUAUUUAACAGUAUUCUUAGCCAUCGAGCUUUUGAGGGUCAAGAAGAAGAAGAGGCUGAAACCGGAGAAAAUGGAGGUCUUAGAGAUGGAACCAAGCCACUCGGCAACAAGUUUUUGAAGCCAAAUUAUAGUUUCUAACGUACAAAAAACGUA